AUGCCAAGCGUUUGCUUUGCCACGCAGACAAGAGCUAAGCUUGUUUUCGUUUGCGUCAUUCGGCCAGCGUGGGAUUUAGACGUAGGGUUUGACGUAAGAAAGAAGAAAUGCACGAAAGAGCUGAAACACUCCGGCGCUCUGCUAUAUUUUGCACGCCAUAAAACAUCGACCAGCAACCACAUCAAUCGCACUAAAAUUGUAUCAAGAGUCAUUCUGCCCGAAUUACCCAAUCGACUUCUUCAACAAGUGGUGAUGUCUUGCAAAAGGGCGAAACGGAUGGAAGUGUCAGCGCGAUUCCUGAAGCGUGCAGUGAGAAAUGAAACAAGGGAAUUAGAAAUGCAAUUUGACUAAGCUUCCAUUGAGUUUCUGGAUUAAACGAGCCGUAACCGGUUGCACAUGUCGAUCUAAUUUUCGACAACACGUGCAAGGGUUUCUCUGAGGGUGGAUCGAUUCGCACGUUAUUUCGC